CGAAACAGCAAAACAUUUCGAAAUAAUUAAAACCCAGAACCAGAAGAACUACCAAACUUCGAUUUCACUGACGAUUGUUUUGUCUUUUCGGGUGUUUUUUUUCUCUCAUCUUCUUAUUCCUCGUAUCAUUUUCCAGUCGUCGGUUUUAGGAAGAACCAGAAGAUUCAACAAUGGAUGAUCAAGGCGAGAGCAAGUCCGGGAUCCGGCAGUUCAUGAGAUUAAAAGAAAUCCUUCAAAAGUGGCAACCUGUCGCGUUAUGUUCGAUGCCGGAAACGGAUACCCCGCACUCGGGAGAAGAUCCCGGGUUUUUCUCACCGGCGAUCAACAGGAGGCUAACAGAUGUUAUGCGUUACGAUUCCGAUGAGGACAGCAGCCACGGUCCAGAGCCACCGGCCGACGUCCCGAAGGGAUAUCUGGCGGUUUACGUGGGACCGGAGCUUCGAAGGUUCAUCAUCCCCACAAGCUACCUCAGCCAUCCGGUCUUCACGAUCUUGCUGGAGAAGGCGGAGGAGGAAUUCGGGUACGAUCAUAACGGCGGACUUACUCUCCCCUGCGAGAUCGAGACGUUCAAGUAUCUGCUCAAGUGCAUAGAGAAUCAUCCUGUUCACACCUCGGCUCCCGAACAGGCAUUUUCUUAA